UAUCGAUCAGAUGGGAGAACGGACUGUUGAUCGGUUGUUGCCGAUCAUGCGCCGAGGUCGGGAAUUUUCGAUUCGAGAUUGUAGGAACGUCAAGUUGGUACAUACCUAUCCUGUUCUCUUUGAGCCAACUCGCAGCAUGUCUCGCCCAAGCAUCGCCGGCAGGCUAUUCCGAUGUGCUCCGUCGACACGAGCUGGACCAUCGACCGCUACAUUAUGCUCACCUCGCCGGAAGCCUUUUGCCGCUUUGCAUCGUCAUCUGAAUACCAAUCACAACCCUCUCGAAACAUCUUUCUACGCGCCUUCUUACCCUCCUCGUCCUGUACCAUCUAAUCUUGUACCGAGUGCGGACUCGGCGGAGGCGCAAAAUGCCUCGCAUGAUGAAGAAGGCUCACAGUGCGAUCAUCGGAUCAAGAAAACAUGGCGACAUCUGGAUAGUCUGAUGGACAAGGCUGGCGAACUAAGUCUGCGAUGUUCUAUACUCGAUUCUGAGGGAAAUUGGACGGCUGAAGAAGGAAGAUACAAAAAGACUGAACUUUGUAGGGAAUACGACCUCGAUCCACGGGAUCUCCGUAAACUCGACUCCCUCUCACCAAAUCUCGUACCCUUGAUUCUAUCACGGAAAAAGUGUAUCCUCAUAUCGAUGCUGCACAUUCGGGCACUGGUGAAACCCGAUAGAGUCAUCGUUUUCGAUACCGCUGGAACAGUUGAAAGCGAAGUUCAAAAACGGUUCAAAUGGCAUCUUGAGCGUAACAUCAAGGCGGGACUGAGAGCCCAAGAUGAAGGGGAGGAAGUAGGACUAGUGUACGAGCAUCGUGCCUUGGAGUCUAUCCUCCUAGCAACCGCAAACGCCCUCGAGGAGGAGAUGGUCUUCACUCGGCAGCUGGUUCAGCAACUCCUGGCCGAUCUCGAAGGCGAUAUCAAUCGGGACAACCUGAAGAGACUACUACACUACUCUCGACGUAUGGUCGGCUUUCAGAGCCGAGCCCGAUAUGUCAAACGGGCUGUGGACGAAGUCCUCGAGUCUGACGAGGACUUAUCGGCCAUGUACUUGACAUCUCGGGCUCGAGGUCAACCUCGUGCUCUGCAUGAUCAUGAACAGCUGGAACUGCUCUUCGAGAGUUUCGUUAAGCAGGUCGAAGAAAUCGUCAGUGAAGUGGAUACGACUGUCGCGAAUAUGCAAUCUACCCAAGAGAUCGCCGAGUUGAUGCUCGACUCUGGUCGGAACGCGCUGUUGGCACUAGACGUCAAGCUGUCCAUUGCGACUCUCGGCAUAGGAACCGGCGCUCUAGUGGCUGGUAUUUUCGGAAUGAACCUGCAUUCCCAAUUGGAGAAUCACCCCUCCGCCUUUUACAUCAUCUCGGGCGGGGCGGGCUUCGUUGCAUUCAUGAUCAUGAGCGUUGGUAUGCGAAAGCUGAGGAAGAUUCGACGCAUAGCGUUAUCAGACACGCCUCAGUCGGCUCUCGAUCGCUUGAUGAGCGCUCAAGCGUAUGAUCAGGCUCUGGCGUCACUGGCACAUGGCCCGCCUUCGCUUCCUACGCCUGCACCUAAAAUUAGCAUGACCAACCUCCCAUUAUGGACGCGACUGUUCAAGCGACGGAUUUGGGCAGCUAGAGAGGAGCUCAAAGGUCCAGAACCGGUAUGGAUCAACAAAAAGGCCGAUAUGGCUAGGGCUCGAGAUGCCUGGAGGGCGCAUGAAUUGGCAAUGAAGGAGGCGCAGAGGAUGGCGAGACGCAACAAGGAUCAUGACUGGCAGCAUGGAGGUGAUGAUCCUUGGAAGUGGCCCCACAAAGAUAAGAGGUUCGCAAAGCACUAUUGAGCACAUCUGUAGCGAUAGAUCUGUAAAUGUUGUCACAUGGAUGAUCAUGAAUGUAAUAAUAGUGGAG